UGCGUCUAUGACCGCAUCGAUUGUCACAUUUCGCACAAGACUCGCACCAGCUCGCACGCGUUCACGAUGGCUGCCCCGGCGAAAAAGCGUGAGAUCCAGAAAAAUCUGCACGAGGACGACGACAACAACGAGAAAAGCGUCUCGUCCAGCAGCGAAGAGGAGGAGUAUGGGGUCGCGGACGAGGACAUGGAGCUUCAAGUAGACUUUGAAGGUCGCAAUCCACAAGAUCCAGACUAUCAUGGAAUUAAAACAUUGCUGCAACAACUUUUCCUGAAGGCACACAUCGACUUGGGUGGGCUCACAGAUUUAAUAAUAUCCCAAAAUUACGUAGGAUCUGUUGUUAAACAAUCAGAAGAGGUAGAAGAGGAAUCCGACGACGAUGACAAUGACAUCAACGACGUAUUUGGUAUCACAACUGUUGUCAACGUCUCAGAUAAGCAGAAUAUUUUAUGUGUACAACAACUUAGAGAUCUAUUGAAGCAGUUGGCAGAGGAACACGCAACUGACGCAGUUAACACUAUGAUUAAAAAUGUGUUGGAGAACGACUCGGCGCAGCUGGGUUUGCUCAUUAAUGAAAGAUUCGUCAACAUUCCCGCCAAGAUUUCAGUGCCACUUCUUGAGAAUCUAAUUUCCGAGCUGAAACGUGCCAAUAGCAAAAAUAUGCCGUUUAACUUUUCCUAUUACAUACUUAUAUGUAAAUUAUACAAGACCAAGAGUAAGAGAGUCGAGAGAAUGACGUUGAUGAAAAUCGACCGUGGGCCACCAAUAUUAUGGAGUAAUCCGGAGGAGGAGUUCUUUGCGGAAGAGGCUAUUGCUAGUUUCGAAUUUUCCGUCAAGGAAGAAGCGGACAGUGGUUUAUCCGGAACGUGGGAUGAAACGGCCGAGCAGAUGAUACCUUACAGACGAGUUUUACUUAUCGAAGCGUCCAAGCUGCAAUCGAUAUUUGAUAAAAUACAAAGUCAGUUUUCUUAAUUGGUU